AUGGCGGACAUUAUUGACAAGGGUUACGCCCAAAAGGUCCCAGCGGAUCUCCAGGACCCCAGUGGCAUGAAAUGGUACAUUCCACAUCAUGAAGUUUACCACCAGCACAAGCCUGGAAAAAUAUGCGUUGUCUUCGACUGCUCGGCUAAAUAUCAAGUCAGGGUAUCUGAGGCGGACUGCUCCUAUCUUUGCUUCCUCUGGUGGCCUGAUGGCAACUUGGAGAGUAGCCUCGAGGAGUACCAAAUGGUUGUACACCUGUUUGGUGCAGCCUCAUCUCCAUCAUGUUCAAACUUUGCCUUGCGCAAGACAGCUGAAGACAACAGCCAAUAUUUGCUAGAGGCAGUUCUGAGCAUGGUCAAAAACAACUUUUACGUAGAUGAUUGUCUCAAGGCCCUACCUUCAGUCGAAGAGGCUUCACAGCACAUGAGAGACUUACGGCUACUACUCUCAAAAGGCGGGUUUAGGCUGACAAAGUGGAUCAGCAAUAGUCGCAGGGUUCUUGAAACCAUCCCCGAAGCCGAGCGAGCCAAAGAAGUGAAAAGUCUUGACCUUUGUAAGGAUGACCUCCCAGUCGAGAGAGCUCUCGGUGUUAAAUGGUGCGUGGAGACAGAUGCUUUUGGAUUCAAAGUGGAUAUUAAGCUCAAACCGCCCACAGGGUGA